CGAGUUCCCCGGCGAAAUGGCGGCGCUGGCGGCGGCCGGGGGGAUGCGGCGCCGCUGCAGCGCCCGCCAUGCCCGGUAGCCGGCGGAAGGGGCCCAGCCUCAAGCCCGCCUCCCUGAGGAGGCGGAGCGGCGGCGGCGGCGGCAGCGAGGGCGGCGGCGAGGAGCAGCUCCCCCGGCAGCGGCCGGCAGAGCCCCCCACGGAGGAGGCGGCGGCGGCUGGCAGGGCGGAAUGCGGCGCGGGCCGCGGCCUGCCCGCGAGGGAGGCUCCGGUCGCGCCCCAGCCGUCGCGAGAAGCUGCAGAGUCAUGUCUACAUAAAACACCAAAGAGAUCACUCAGCAGGAAAUCUCGAACACCUACUUUCAGCUCUCCCAUUAAUGACACCGAUGUACAGCAAGAAAUCUUUUGGGAUCCUCAUUCACCCAUUGCACACAGACUAGGCAAUGGAAAAACCAAACAGUUUCCCAGUAGAUGCGCAGUGGAAAUUUCAGAAAUUGUUAAUCGCAUUGCUCCUCAGGAUGAAAAAGCAGCCUGUAAUGAAGGCUCACUUCUAGGGACGUGGAUUGGUGAGGAUGCUAUUCCCUGUACACCUGGAGUAGUCAAAGUGCGAGCUAGGACAAAGUUAAGUUGUACAAGAGACCUUAAGAUAAAAAAUCCUGAAGAGGAACUCAUGAAAUUGGCUAAGGAAUUUGAUAAAAACCUCGUGGAGCUAGGUGCUGUUCAGGAACAAGAGAAGCUUGGUCCCAACAUCAUCCAGACCAUCUCAGGCACUUCAAAUAAUUCUAAAGAUGAAGUACAUAUGAAGAGCCUGAAAUCACUCCUUGGUGAAGUUUCUGACACAGAUACUGCACUGUCCCUGAAGCCAGUUGGCCAGAGCACUGGCAUCCCUGCUGCAGACCCCUGUCAGUCCAGCAGUGAAAAUAUAGACCUUGAGGCAGAAAUAGCCCUUCAUGCUCUUUUUGACUGUUCCACCCAGAAGUGCAGUGGACAGUUGAGCCAAGAACUAUCAAGUAUUUCUUUAAAUAAUAGUUUCCGAGAAAAUAAAGGCAUCUUGGAGAAGGAACACUUGCCUGAAGAAAUUAAAGACAUGCAAAAUGGUAAUUCAGAAGCACAUCAGAAGGAUACUCUGUGUGGACUAGGAAGUGUGAGCAAGACCUUUCCAAAACCUAACACUCACACACUGACAAAAAAACAUCCUCCUUCUUUGAAGACACAAUUAGCAGUCUCUAGUAAGCUUCCUGGAGUACUUAAUGAUGAUUUUGAUGACUGGGAUACAGAUUUAUUGGCAGAUGACUCUUUUGUGAUGCAAAUAACUCAAAAUCCUGAGUUGAUAAGCACUGAAGAAGCACCACUAAUUCCUACAGAUGCACCAGUGCAAGAUUUCAGUGACGCUACCAGAACAAAGGACAGAAGUAGCUGCAAUUCAGGAACUUCUUUGGAGAGUGUACACAAAUCUAACAGUUUGCAGUCUUCACCUUUCAAAAAUUGUAGUAGAAACACACAAAAUACUGUAAAAUCUCUUUCUUUACAAAAGCCAUACAAGAGAGAAAAUUCAAAGGCAGAGCCUACAGCCUUUCAUGGCAAAUGCGAUGUUAAGCCAGAUAAAAUAAAUUCUGUCUGGAAAAGUGCCCAAAGCAGUAAUUUGAGCCAUACUCUUGUUUCAACUCAAGCUAAAGUGAAGCAUGGGAAUGAAACUGUUCAGCCUAAAAGUGACCCUCUUCCUCCUUCCAGAUCUCAUCCUCAUAAACAAUGGACUGAAAAACCUGGGAAGAACACAGACAAUGUUUUUUGUCAGUCAUCCACUGUUUCUACCCAUGCAAAACCCAGUGAUGGUACUAAAGUGGUUAACCAAGCUAACAGAGAUUGCUUAAAUCAAGUUGAAAUACCAAAGAAAUGCCCUCUGUCAUUUGAUGACUGGAAUGAACCCAAAUUCUCUGAUGAGGUGUUAGAUAUGUUUUGUGAAUCUGAUAGCCUUUGGGAUGCAAACUGUGAGGACGAUGAAUUGUUGUAUCAGGUGUGUGAUGAUAUAGAGAAGCAGAAUCAGGACCAGGGUGUUAAACAAGGAAAUGAAAGAGCUAAAACUGUGCAAGGAGCCAGUAAUAAUUCCAGAUCAGAUGCUGACUGCAGCUUCCCAGCAUCUAAACAAGGACUACCUGACCUCUUGGUACAAAAGACAAGUGCAAAACAGGAAGCAUUCUCACUAAAUGCUUCCUGUAGGAAUUCAUCAAAGGUUGCACGUGGACUAGCCACAACAGGGCAGGUGGUGAACUGUAAAAGUGUCUCAAGCCCUGUCACUGUGGUCUCAGGUACUUCCAUGGAGCGUAAAUUUGCGUUGUUUCAAAACUCUCAUCAAGCUGCUUCUGAAGAUAGUACAAAAAACGUUUCUGGAAAGUGGUACAGGUCAAAUUCUGUGCCAGCAGGCUCUGAAGUAAGUGCUGUUAAUGCAGUAGACAGUUUUAGCAGAAAAAUGUUAGACAACCCAGAUCUUUUGUGUAAUGUGAGAAAAACACCAAGUAACAGUUCUGGUAACAGAACGUCCCUUGUGCCUUCAAAAUUUAAAUUCAGAAAGAUUAACAGUUCUCAGGGUGCUCUUCAGCUAAGGCCUGAAAAUCCAGGGGGUCAUUCUGCCAUCGGAGUUACUCUGCAGGGUUUGGAAGGAAGCAACAAUCAGGGGAAUGUGACUUUGCACAGCAAGCUUGACAAGCAGAAACCACCUUUCAAGAGGCACCUUUCAGAGUCUUUUGCACUGUCUACAUCAGUGUCUGUGGUGGAACAAAAAAAUAGAAAGUGUUCUCAAGAAGAGAUUGAAAGGAAAAAACAAGAAGCCCUUGCACGAAGGAAAUCCAGAAUGCAGGCAUCCUUUAAAGAUGGUUGAAUUUGGAGUUUAUUUUGGCUGUGGAGUAAGUUUUGGGGAGGAAACUACUGUAAUGCUGAAAGAUAGUUUCUGAACUGUUCACAGCAAGCUUUUUUCUGUUUCUCAAUUUUAAAACUCUUGACCUGAAAUGUAACUAAUACUCUGGUGGUAUUUACUCUUCAUUGAAAAAACUGCCAGUUGUAAGUGUGCAGUCCCAAACUACCUUCAGCACAAUGAAAGGCAAAGUGCUAUUGAGUUAAGACACUGUUGUGUGUUGAAAUGGUAGGGCCUAAAAAUCAUCACACCAUGAGUUUGUGUGCACACCUAAGUGAAAAAUGUCUAAACCAGACUUUUGGGUGCAUUUCUCCUGCAGAUGUUUUUGAAUUUAUAAGAAGACUCUUAAGGACACACAGACUAAGAAAUAGUAAUGUUUGCUCUCGGGUAGAAGAAAAUGUUUUAAGUUGUGGUUUAAAGAAAGUACGAUCUAGAAAACAUCCAGCAUUGGAAAACUGACAGAAAUGAUCAAGAUUUGGAAAGCAUCCUCAGUUUGUCUACGUAGAAUUAUACAUAGGGAAGGAAGAAUUCAAUAUAAAAGUUUCAUAAGGUGAAAAAAACAUCCUGGAAAAGACAUUUCCUUUUAUAUUUUUUAAAUUCCCUCUAUGAAGAGUUGAAAAUACCCCAGCUAACAAAACCAGACCACCUUUUUCUAAACAUGAUCAAAAAAAGAGGAAGCCUCUGUCAUUUUACCAAACCAUGAGCAAUAGAAAAUACAUCAGGUGAAAUCUCCACAGCUAUGAAUCAGUUUAGCCUUACGAGUUGUACAUAUUUUUCAGACUAAAAGCUGUUAAAACAUAAAAAUGCAAUGUCAUGUCAGCUUAACAGGGUCUGAUAGAAUUUUUGAUGUGAUAGAUGAGUGCAGAGCUCAAACUGCUAAAACUGCCUGUGGGGAAGCUGCAAGAUAUUUUUCAACUGAGAAAUGCUUAUAUGUAAACAUGUGACACUAUGAAAAGUGACUGUAAUUUUUCUUUGUAAAUAAAUAACUUUGAAACCUUCCAAAGGUUAGAGGAAGCUCUUUGGUUUCUGCAGUAUGUGCCAUUUUGGUAACUCUUAAAAAUGUAAGUAUUGUAUAUUUGUAAAUCAUCAUUAAACUUUUUUUUUUUUUUUUA